UUGUGUGUUUAUGUUGGGAAAUAUGUGUAUAUGCGGUUAAUAAGUUCAAAGAUUUUAGCUUUUUCGCAUACCCUUUGUUUAGUUUUACAAGAAUCAUCUCAUAGAUUAUGGUGUUAGGGUUUCUUUUGUUCUUGGUAAGUGUUGAAUUUACAGUGUUUGAGUCUGUAACUUGAUGUUAUUUCAUUUGAUUGUUAUGUUAUUCUGGUCUUUCCCUUAUCUUCUUUUGAUUAUGUUGUCUGGUGUUAGGUUUUUGUAAUUUUUAUAUUUAAUAUUUUAUUGUUUGUAUGUGCAUAUGCUCAUUGCUUCAGUUUUGGGUAAAGGUAUUACUUUUAGACUUCUAGAAUAGUGUGAAUAUUAUCUUGAGUAACUUAGAUUUUUAUUAUAUUGUUUUAAUUUAUAUGUUCAUUGUCAUCAUAUCGGUGGUUAUUAAAUCUAAAUUACCUACUUGAUUGGUGUUUUGUUAAAAGAAUUAUGUGGUCCAGCUCUAGUUUAAUCUAUUUGAAUGAUGUCGUUUUUUCUUUUCGGCCUAAUAAAGUGAUAUGGGGUGGGGUAUUAAAGGGUGUUUUAGGUACUAUCUUUGUAUUGCCAAUUAUAUUUUUGUAUUUCAAGUUGUAUGUAUUAGGGAUUGAAUACGUUCCUUUACCUCCCAACAGAUGAGAUUUCUUGGUAAAGAAUGAUAGCAUGACUAAGACUGUAGGCAUUGCUUUGGUUGUAUCGACAUUUAUCCUUUGUUGGAUCAAAUUAUGAUUUGAAAUAUUAUCCUUUUCAUAAAAGGGAGAUAUAUUUUGCUACAUUACCUUCUUCAUCUGGAAGUACAAGUGGGUGUAUAUUUUUUCUUUGAAUGUACACAAGGGUCCACAAUUUGGUGGUUUUCUGUUGCCAUAUUAGAUCAAUGCUUUUGCGGUUCUACUGAGCGUCUGAAUUUCCAAGAGAGUAUGAUGGUGCCUGUGUUCAGAUGAGAAUGUCAUAUAGCCCAGCUGCUCAUUUGUUCCUUUUUCUGGUACAGUGGACAGAUUGUCACCUUGCUGGUGCUCUUGGACUAUUGAGAAUCUUAAUCUACAAGGUCUAUGUAGAUGGCACCACAACCAUGUCAGCCCAUGAAAGAAAAGCAAGUAUUAGAGAGUUCUAUGCUGUUAUCUAUCCCUCUUUAGUGCAACUUGAAAGAGGAGUUACUGAUACAGAAGAUAAAAAGCAAAAAGCAGUAUGCAUGGAAAGGUACAAAAGACGGGAUGACCAGGAGCACAGGUCAGAUAUAGACAUUGAGAGGGAAGAAGAAUGUGGAAUUUGUAUGGAGACAAAUUGCAAGAUCGUCUUGCCCAACUGUUACCAUGCUAUGUGCUUGAAAUGCUACCAUGAAUGGCGCUCAAGAUCACAGUCCUGCCCUUUUUGUCGUGACAGUCUAAAGAGAGUAAACUCGGGUGAUCUCUGGGUAUAUAUGGACAGCAGGGACAUAAUAGAUCCGGUAACUCUGACAAGGGAUAAUCUUAGAAGGCUGUUCUUGUAUAUAGAUAAAUUACCGGUGAUUGUUCCUGAUCACCUUUUUGACACUUAUGACUCCCACCUGAGGUAGGCUGUCGAAGGCAUAGAAGACGUCAGCCAUCAUCACCUUCUACUCUCGCAUAUUUCGGAUAAGUACCACCUUAUUUCUCUGGUUUCCGUAUGUUCAACAGGUCGAGUUAGGUAGAUAUGCAUUGUUCUGUUCCUGGUUGUAAUUAGAAAAACCCGGCCCGAGUUAUUUUGUGGCAUGGGGGUUGAAGCUAAGAUAGUUUAACUAUGUCGAAGUUUAAAUUGUAUCUUCCUAUCAUGUAUAUGCUUGUAUAGUUCGAUACAUUUGUCAUGAAGAAUUUCUUCAAAUUCGAUGUUACCUAUGGUUAUUGUGUGAA